AUGUCACAAGACGACAACCACCCGCCACCAGCACCCCCCGCAGGAGACCAUAACCAACCCAGCGCUCCAUCAAAAGACAAGCCCAAACCCACAGCCUCUGCAAAUCAAAACUCAAACUCCCUACUCAACAGAAUCCAAGACUCAGCGACAACACUCAUCCGCGAUGCCAUCACAAGACCUAAUCCGAUGAGCCUUGGGUCUGAGUUACAGGGGUUACAGGGCGAUAAAGCAUCCUCCUCCUCAUCAGCAUCAGCUAGUGCUGCAACAUCACAGCUAAAUGGGUAUACAUCAACAGCGAAACAACCUUCUUUUUCUUCAUCUAGCUUCCGUGAAUCGGGUCUGCGCGGUCCAUCGAUAAGAGAGAAUGAUGAGCCCCAACUCAACUGGCUCUUAGACGCAAGCGAUGUAUCCGAAACCGUCAGUGUUGAGGACUUGGACCGGUAUCUCACGGCAUCUUCAGCAGCAUCAGUGUCAUCUCCUAGAGAGACCUUUAUGGGCGAGGAUGGUGGGAAAGGAAAGGGCAAAGCUGUCAGUACGGAAACUGGGUAUGAAGAGGCAUGGAGCAAUGCUACGGGUACGAGAUCAGUAUCAAACGCACAAGAGGCGGCGCGAAUAGGGCAUGUGAAUGAGCAUGAUGGCGCUGAGGUAGUCGCACUGCUGGCUGAUCCCUCUUUCGAUGCAGAAGGUUCUGCAGAUGUGUACAGCGGUUACGACGACGACGAUGCGGUGGCGCCGCUGACGGCUGAUGAGAUCAAGAUUCUGGAUUCGUUUCGUCGGCAGUCGGGCAUUCCUAGCAAUACUGGGACCACUGGUGGUGCUCAAAAUCUACCGGUAAUUACAGCGCACAGUCUGAUACCCGAUAUCGACAGUUUUCUAGCCAGCGACAAUUCUAGUAAUAGGACGGAUACUUCCCUCCGCGACGCUGUUCUGCGCGGUUUGCCGGGGGCCGAGGAUUGGAUGGCUGUGAAUGAUCGGUAUCAGGAUGAGGUGUGGGGAUAUUUGAGACCGGCGCUGGAAGCAGCGGGGAGGGAGAUAGAAGAAAAAAAGAAUGUGGCGGAGGAGGGUGGGAAAGUUGCUGAUGGACCGGCGGUGAGGAGGUUGAAGAUGAUUUUAAGACAUAUGCAGAUAUAA